AUUCAGACAAAAUAAAUAAAAAAUAAAAAAGCAAGAAACCAAUUAAAGAUCCGUUAUGCAAUUUUCCCAAAAAAAAAAAAAAAAAGAUCCGUUAAGCAAAGAAAGAUGAAAGAGACGCUAAAAUGUAUAUAAAAUCGGCGACCAGACCAAAUAGCCGACAAGAGAACGCGGUUAAUCACCUUAAACUACGCCGUUUCCAUCCCCUCUCCCUUCAGUUUGAAUUCUCUUUUCUUCAUUGUUCUUCCUUCUAAGAUUUUUCUCUCUCUUUCUUUUCUGUUUUUCGAUUUUUCUAAAUCCAGGAUUGAUGUGCAAUGCAGAGAUCACGUAGAGCUCUUCUGCAAAGAAGAGUUUUUGGGAAGAGUACUAUUACUGGAAGAAAUCAAUUAUGCAAGGUUUCGAUUUCUUUGUUUUUUGCUUUGUGGGGACUCUUCUUUCUCUUCAGCUUGUGGAUCAGCAAGGGUGAUGGUUAUACAGAUGAAUCUGCAGCACUUGCAGUUGAGAUGUCAACUUCAAAUGAAGAAAAUGUGGGUUUUUGCCAACCUUCUGAUUCCAUGGAGAAAAAUCUGUUUAACGAUAUUGGUUCUGUCACUUCAGAUGAAAGUUUGUGUACAGAAAGCACUGAGACUGGAAGUUCCAAUGAUGGGUUACUUGGUAGUGAGGGAAAUGUAAAUCAUGCCUUUGCUUCUGAGAAACCUGAGGCAAUCUCUGGUUCAGAUAGUGGUCCAAAGACUGACAGAGACAGACUAUCUCAUUCUGUGCCCCUUGGUCUUGACGAAUUUAAAAGCAGAGCAUUCAGCUCUAAAAGUAAAUUGGGAACUGAUCAAGCUGGCGGAGUGAUUCAUAGAGUAGAGCCUGGAGGUAAGGAGUAUAAUUAUGCUUCUGCAUCGAAGGGAGCAAAGGUACUGGAUUUUAAUAAGGAAGCAAAGGGAGCCUCCAAUAUCUUAGGCAAAGAUAAGGACAAGUACCUUCGAAAUCCAUGCUCUGCUGAAGAGAAGUUUGUUAUCAUAGAGCUUUCGGAAGAAACCUUAGUAGCUACAAUUGAAAUAGCAAACUUUGAGCACUAUUCUUCUAAUUUAAAAGAUUUUGAGCUUCUUGGAAGCUUGGUUUAUCCAACAGAUACGUGGAUCAGGCUUGGGAAUUUUACAGCUGCUAAUGUUAAGCUUGCUCAGAGGUUUCCUCUUCAGGAGCCUCAGUGGGUUAGAUAUCUAAAGCUGAAUCUUCUGAGCCAUUAUGGCUCAGAGUUCUAUUGUACUUUAAGUAUUGUUGAAGUAUUGGGAGUUGAUGCUGUUGAGCGAAUGCUGGAAGAUUUGAUAUCUGUUCAAAAUAACGUUUUUGUACCUAAAGAGGAAACUGGUGAUCAGAAACAGUUGUCCUCCCAAACAGAGUCUACUCAGGUUGAUGACUGUGAUCAAGAACUGUGCAUGGAAAUGGGAUCUUCCUCUUCAGUUGAAAACUCAAAUGUGAAACAUGAAGUUCCAAAGAAUAAAGUACCAGAUCCAGUGGAUGAAAUUCGUCAACAGCAAGGAGGCAGAAUGCCUGGGGAUUCUGUUCUUAAAAUUUUGAUGCAGAAAGUUCGUUCUCUGGACUUAAGUUUAUCUGUCUUGGAACGAUAUUUGGAGGAGUUGAAUUACAGAUAUGGAAAUAUUUUCAAAGGAUUUGAUAAAGAUUUAGUAGAGAAAGACACACUUUUAGAGAAAGUCAGAUCUGAUAUAAAGAAUCUCUAUGACAGCAAGGAGCUCAUGGCUAAAGAUGUUGAGGAUCUUCUAUCUUGGAAAUCCCUUGUUUCUACACAGAUGGAUAAUCUCCUCAAGGACAAUUUUGCUCUCAGGUCAAUGGUUGAAGGGGUUCAAAAGAAUCAGAUAUCUAUGGAAAAUAAGGGUAUAGCAGUGUUCUUCAUAUGCUUAAUAUUUGGAACUUUAGCUUUUGUGAGGCUAUUGGUAGAUAUUUUGGUGAGUGUUUAUAAGGCAUAUAGUGUUCAAAGAACAGAGAAGUCCAGGGAAUUUUGUUGGAUGAGCUCUUCCUGGCUCUUGUUAUUAUUCAGCUCUAGCAUUAUCAUGUUAAUAUUAUCAUUUUAACUUAUUGCA